UCAUACCCAAAAGGAAGAGUAAAGACAUUUUUCCUGUCAUCUGUAAAAAUGGUGGGGUAUAGUUUUAGGAUCUGCAAGAGCUGCUUUGGGAAGCGAGGAGGCCAUUUAAAGUUUAUCCAUUACCUCUUCAUAAUAGUCUUCUGUAUCUCCCUGCUAGCUUUACUCUUUAUUGACGUAAUCGAAUUGUGGGUAACCUCGCUAGGAAUGAGCAGAGCGAUAGGUCCUCACGGAGUAGUCCUUCCACACAGUAUACCCCCGACCCGUUCCGAAGAGUACUUGCUUAUGCCUAGCAUCCACGUCUGCCAGCGUGCCGAACCAUACCUUAUCAUUUUGGUGGCAACCGCACCUCACAACAGAAAGGCCCGCCAGGCCAUUCGUGACACCUGGGGUGGGGAAGUACAAGUCAGGGGUCACCGAGUCAUGACCCUCUUCAUUGUAGGUCAGCCAUAUGACCCAGUUAUUGGCAAAGAAUUAAUAGAAGAGUCAAAGGAGCGUGGGGACCUCAUACAGGGUCGCUUCAUUGACUCCUAUGGCAACUUGACCCUGAAAACUCUGUCUAUGUUGGGCUGGGCACGCCGUUUCUGUCCACAGGCUCACUACCUGGCUAAGGUAGAUGAUGAUGUAUUGUUCAACCCUAGUGCACUGCUGCAAUAUCUCAACCUCAGCUUUAAAACGGCAGAAAACGAACUCACAGAGCUUUAUCUGGGCCGGGUCCAUAUGCAGGUAGCACCGGACCGCAAUCCUGCCAGCAAACACUUCAUGUCGGAAACUGCAUACGCUGGUAUGGUAUUUCCUGAUUACUGCAGUGGAACAGCAUACGUACUUUCUCGGCCAGCUUUGCUGAAGCUGUCACUAGCAGCUGUUUCCAUACGUUUACCCAGACCGUUGCCCCCAGAGGAUGUGUUUGUAGGUAUCUGCGCUCAUACAGCAGGCAUUACACCUACCCAUUCGCCACUCUUCUCUGGAGGACCAGCUGUACCAUACAGUCGUUGUUGCUAUCAAACGAUGGUGUCUGUCCACCAUACCAAGCCAGGGGAAAUGGUGCACUACUGGAAGGAAGUGCACUCUACUGCCCCAUGUUCAUGGUUGGGUAUGCGGACAUCUCUUGGUGUCUGUAAAAUUAGAGCACUUCUUGGGACACUGUUGGGGAAAGACUCCUAAAAUGAAGAUACAUUAAAUCUGAGAAACCUGUAGGAAAGUAAAGUAUUAUGAAAAAACUAAAAAAGCACAAAGGAUAUUAUUUGGUGAAACUAUGCACUGCAACAUCAUUUUGUUAUUAUAAAGCACUUGAAUUUAUUCAUGUGCCUUUCAUGAUCAAAUUUUUAUGCUCAAAGUGGGCUGUUAUCAACCGGUACGCAGUUCUGGCACUUCUAUAUUAUAAUCUUUAGCAUACCUUCACUUUUUCUUGUGUACACCCACUUCUUAUAUGUAGUUGGUACUUUGCCACUCAGAGUCAAAGUGUCAGUGUCCGGGUGAUUAGUAAUAAUACAUUACAUAAAUUACACUACCCAAGAGGAGGCACUACGAGAAUGACUCAUCUCGACAAAUCACAUGAAUGCAAGCAGAGUCUGUCUGAUCUAUUCAUUCGGACCAUGUGACGUCACUGUGCUUUAUUGCUUUAACGUUAGCUAAAUUAACAUUAAAUUCAGAUUGUGCAGUAAAGCUAACGUUAUCAUUGACUCAAACGUACCUUGAGCUGAUGUCAGUUUUAAAUUUACAAGUAAUCAGCGCCUUACAUUAUUAUGGGCUUAACUGUUACUGUUACACUUGCUGUACCCAUAGGAUCCUAAAAAUACAAUCAAGUCCAAAGCACAGUGUGGGAAAUGGUAGUAAAAGGUAAUUUAUUAUUUUAAUAUAUUAUUAUUUAUGAAAUCUCAUUUAGAUGUGCUGUGUUCGUUGUCAUAUCGGACACAAAAAUGGCGGCGAGCAUAGCGGAAGUGACGUCUUCGGUACCCAUGGAUUGCCGCUGAGGACACACACACACACACACAAUAAAUAUCAAAUCAGUUGUUUGGCAAAUGGUUCCUAUGGUAAAUAAAUGUAUGAUCUACCAUCGAUAUCUCCUAGUAUAUAUGUAUAUUUUUUUCCAUUGUAGAAAUUUCAAAUGUGAUAAUGAUUUGCAUAUGCCAGCCAGUGCACACCAGCACUUUAUUUCCUAACUUCAAGCACUGAAUACUAUAUAAUAACAUCAAAUAUAAUGGGAACACGGCUUGGCCCAACAAAGAGGACAGUAUGCACAGUGAAGACCAGGAGUCAAAAAUGAAUUUCAGUUGGCUGACAGAGAGUUUACUGAAGACUAAGUUCUCCGUAUUUUCAAAGGUUGAAAAAAUUAGUUUGAGGAUCCAGUAUGGCUGCAAGAUAAUAGUUGAACAGUUUUUUU